AGUUGGUGCUCAACAGUUGCCGACAAACAACCGUUCGUCGCGUUGUGCGUGUGAAACAACAACAAAAACAACCGCGAGAUAAAUCUGAAGAAAAAAGGCCAGGCUGUAAAAGUGAAAGAGGCCGUCGCUAGUUAUUUGACAAGAUUAAUUCUUAAUAUGAAAUUCGUGAAAUUUGUUGCCAUUUGCUGUGCAAACAAGCGAAAGUAACUAUUAAAAUAACAGCAGCAACAAUUGUUGCUAAUUAGACGUCACGCAAGACCAAAAGUGCGAGUUUGAAGUAUGCGUUAAUUGAUAAGCGCGUGUGUGUGUGUGUGAUUGUGUGUGUGUGUGUGUGAUUGCCACACAAUCAAAAUUAAUAACUGCAACUGUAGCUGAAAAACACGUUCCAGGCGAAUCUGAAAAGGCCGUGAAAAGCGCGCUUGGCCGUCAGCAAGAGCGUCUAAUAAGCGGACAAACUGCUCUUGAAACAAUCACAACUAACUGGAAAAUGUAAACAAAGCUGAAACAACUUUCAGACAACAACAACAACAACAACACAUAACGAAGCAGGCAACAACAGAGAGAAGCGACUACAGUUAGCACUGCGGAAGAAUUUAAAGUAAGCAAUUCCGCGUGCAAACGAAGAAGCAGCAACCGCUACAGCAGACGCAGUCAAUGCAAUGCAGAAACUGAACGAAGCGCGCAACUGAACGAAAGUUGAGCACGAGAGAGAGAGUGAGUGGAAGAGCCGGCAGCUUAGCCGCGCCAUGAACUUGACUGGCAUUGCGAGCGACUGAGUCAGUUGUCGGUCAGACGCGCACGCAUGCGCACGCGUUUAAAGUGAAUUUCGAGGCAUUGUUCAAAUAAAUACGCGGCAACCGUUAGGCCGUAGGCGUGUCUAGCGCACAAAUGAGGUAAUUUCAGCUGACCGCGACAAGCUGGGCCACUGUUGAAAUUGAAUUUGGUAAAACAAAUAGAAAAUGUGCUAAAUGCAGCAGCGAAAUUGCAAACAGCGCGACAAAAACAACAGAAAUUACAAUAUUCAAUACAUAAAAAAGAAAAAGAAAGCAAGCCAAGUUGCGCGUGCCACGCACUGGCCAAAAGUAUUUGUGAAAAUCAAUUCUACAAUUUAGCAAUAAUAAUAACUGUGUUUGCGUGUUAAUCGGGUUUUGUGCGGAACAACAAAUUGCCUGACGGCAACAGUUGUUGUUGAUUGUUUGGCCCCUUUUGGCCCAGUUAAUUGGCCACAGUCAAAUAGUUCAAGACAGCGCCAAUUGGCCGCUAAGGUGUCAAAUUGUUUGCCAAUUGAAAAUGGGCAACCCUGCAACAAAUAGCAAAAACUGCGCCAGCCUUAAUUGGCCAAGAAGUGAGAGCCAGUGCACAUCCUCAACGCGGCGGCGGCGGCCCAAUAGAAAUCGCGCCAACAUGGCCAAUAACAAGUCGAACAAAUGCCGACCGCAUUGGCUGCUGCUGCUGCUGCUGGCCGCGCUCCUCUGCCUAAUCCAGUGCGCCAGCCUAGUCAAUGCGGAUGAAAGCCAGCUCUCCACAACACCUUUAACACCUGAAACGACCACAGAGACAGCAGCAGCAGAGACGUCGACAGCGACAGCAGCUGGAAAGGAUUGGCGGCCCAUUGUGAAUGCGACAAGGUCGCAGCGGCUGAACGGAAGCGAUUCGCUGCUGCUGCGCUUGGCGCGACGUUUCUCCAGCGGCAACGAGCUCUGGGAUGGGCUCAUACGCGACUGCUAUCUGAAGCCGGACAUGUCCUGCUUCCAGAAGAACGUCUACAGCUAUCUGGAUGGCGCCCUGGAUACGCAGGAUGUGAAUAUCACGCAGCGCCUGAAGUUCUACAGGAAUCAAGUGCAAUACGAGCCGGAGCAGCAGCCGGAGGAGACGGCCAAUGAGGCGCGUUCCGCUAGUCCUGAAAGCCCCAUCGAGGAAGUGUCCAAUGCGCUGUACGGCAAAACAAUCAAAUUUGCCAUGACACAUGAUGUGGAAGUAGAUCUGCCCGAAAUCAUUUUCAAUGGAGCCACAUUUCGCAUCUCCCCGCGCUCCAUUGAAGGCAAUGGGGUCAUUGCAAAGCUGGAGCUGAUACCCAAGCAGCUUGUCCAGGCGCGUCUCGCCGGUGCCAUGAUCAAGAAGAAGAUACAAAAAUUUCUACGCAACAAAUUGCUGCUGUCAUUUAUUGCAUUGGUGCUUAUUAUAAAGAUCAUCAAGAUCAAGUUAUUUUGGUUGCUGCCCAUUGUGAUUGGCGUUGGGGCCGCCAAGAAGCUGUUGCUCAAGUUCCUGCUCUUCCUCUUUCCGGCCUUGACGCAUCUCUUCAAGCUGUGCUCCUACUACCAGCAAUCCUAUCAUGGCACCAAAUACCAUCAUCAUCAUCAUCUGAUCAAUCAUCAUCACACGGUGGUGCCGCCUUGGCAUAGCGGUGAGCAUCAUUCGGUGCCGGAAAUCAUCUACACGCAUCCGCCCAAGGGACAUCCCUCGGCCUAUCUGCAUGGCGCGCCCGUCCACGAGACCUACGGCCCCGGGCCAGGACUGGAGCACUUCGAAGGCGCCUGGGAGAACAGCGGUCCCGGUCUGGGCUCUGAUUCAAGGCCGGCAUUUGGACACCACAGUCCGGUAUAUGUCGCAGCGCCGGGACAAGGACAGGCGCCCGGGCCUGGACCGGGGCCAGGACCAGGACACGGACCAGGCCUAACAGCUGCUGCGAAAUUUGCGGCGCAAUACGAGCCAGCGCGGAACAACAACCAGCAACAAAUACAACAACUACAGCAACAACAACUAGAACAACAACUUUCGCCGGAGCUGGCUGCACAGCUGAAGGAGGCCAUACGCAUACAGGCGGAGCAGCGUCUGAUUCAACAGCAGCAGCAAAUUCUGGAGCAUCAGCCUUUCGUGCAGGAUGGACAGCCGCUUUAUCCGCUCAACUACGAUCCGUUCUACAGUCCCAUAUUGUUGAAGAUCGACAAAAUCAUCGAACAGCUGGGCGUCAAGAAUGAACUGUGCAAAGAGCGCAUCGUCUGCAGCAUGUACAAGGACCCGGCCACAUAUAGUCCGCACAGCAACUUCAUCUCCGCCGAGCUCAGUCGAGAGACGAGCGAAUUGGAACCCGUGACGCAUGCGAAUGAAGCAGUGCGUCGCUUCUAUCGACUCAUACAGGCUGCCCGGGAUGGGCAGGAUCAAAAGGAUUGCCACAGCCUCUAUCCCCAGUGCAAUAUGCCGGCGAAGUGAUAAAUUGCGGGCAGCGGCAGCUGCAUUGAGUACAAUCAAAUCUUUUGAGUCAACAAUUCCUUGUUAAAUCGAACUGUGAAUAUGCGAAUUAUUUAAACCUAUUUAAGUCUAAUUUAAUUGUUAAUCUCUUAUUUAUUUAUUUAUUGAUUUAUUUAUU